AUGGCAGAGGAAAUACCCGAUGCUCAGCCUGUGGGGGAGACCCUGCCGGAUGCCCCAGCUCCCCCUGCCAAACAGUCACCCCAGUCUUUCAAGAAAAAAUAUGCCAAACUCAAGGUCAAGUUUGAAAAGGCAAACCGAGAGAGCGAGUCUUUGAUUCGCGAGGAGUUGCGGAUCGAGGAUCUAUCCAAGCGCAUCCAGGAGCAAAAUGAUCAGUUGCUCGAGGUUCUGCUCGAGUUCAAUGGCAGUCUGCAUGUUUCCCCGGAUUUGCGAUACGACUUGAGCAUGUCUGGUGACACUUCUUUCCAACCCGCCCCCGAGCAGGAAAUUGCGCCUCUGGUCAACGAUGCGACCCUCGCCAAAACCGCGUGGAAGGAAGCCAAAACGGAAUUGGCUGCUGGCAGCAUCACGGCGGGGGCCUAUCGCAUGGUUGAGGAAAGCAUUAAACGGAACAAGGCGUUCGCUCCGAGUAGGGACUUCAACUCCCUGAUGCAGGUACCCCAUACUGUCCCCCCAGUUGCCGAGGGAAAAGCUACCGAAAAUGGCAUCGAGCGCAAACUCGGUUACCUGGAACCCCAACACGAAACCGAGUACUACCUGGCCCUGGACGCGCGACUCGGAGAUGAGGCAGCCGCCUUGCAACUUGGACGCAUCCCUGAUAAGCCUACAUUUUCUGAGCGGGAGCGGGAUUCAUCUAUUCGAAACCCAGCCUCUGUCUACAACUGGUUGCGACGCAACCAACCCCAGACUGUUCAAGACAACGAGGUUGCCUCUGAGAAGUCCGCAUCACGACCGUCCAACCCGCGAGCUUCCAAGCGAGCACCAGCGCAUCGUAAGGAUGAGGAUAUGUACGACGAGGACGGGAUGGAUGCACAGCCCACGCCAAAGAACAAGCGCAAGCGUGACGAAGACACCGGGUACAGGCCCAAGGGGGGCAGCAGCCGUCCCAAAAAGAAGAAGGACGACACCCCCAAGGCAACUCCCACGGCCAAGAAGGCUUGA